CGAUCAGUGUGGAAACCGCCUCUUUCAUAUAUUCCUCUUCUCUCCCUCUCUCUCACACCAAAAGGAAAGAAGAAGAAAAAAAAAAAGAAGUUAUUCAAAGAUGCAGAGCCACGUGACUCGUUCUACGCUUGACUCAUCACAUAUCAUUCUUUUGUAAAGCUUCAAUUUUCAAAAUUAGGGUUAUUGUGUGUAUUUGGGCGUAAGCUCCACCGCAUUGAUAUUUGACAAAAUCAAAUCCGAUAGUUUCGAUUUUGCUCCAAACGGGUUUCGAGAUUUCACCUUGAUUCAUUGCACCCAAUUCACAGGCACAAGGUUUUGUUUGAGCUUUGACCAAGAAACUCAAGAACCACAUGAUAUGGGCCCUGACAAACACUCGACUCGUUUAUUGAAUACCCUCAAAAUGGAGAGGGUCAGAACGAUUCUAACCCAUACUUACCCUUACCCGCAUGAGCAUUCUCGCCAUGCUAUCAUUGCUGUCUUUCUCGGCUGCCUAUUCUUUAUUUCUUCCGAUAACAUGCACACCCUCAUAGAAAAGUUUUCCCUCAAGUGGUGGUCCAUGUACGCAUGCCUGCUCGGAUUCUUCUACUUCUUUUCUUCUCCUUUUAUUGGCAAGACCAUCAGACCAAACUACUCCAACUUCAGUCGGUGGUACAUUGCCUGGAUUUUAGUUGCAGCUUUGUAUCAUCUUCCUAACUUUCUGUCAAUGGGUUUGGAUUUGAGGAUGAAUUUGUCCUUGUUUUUGACUAUUUACAUUUCUUCAAUAGUCUUCCUUGUUGUCUUCCACAUCAUUUUUCUUGCCCUUUGGUAUGUUGGUCUUGUUUCUCGCGUGGCUGGAAGACGCCCUGAGAUCUUAACCAUUCUUCAAAACUGCGCUGUUCUUAGCAUGGCUUGCUGCAUCUUUUACAGCCAUUGUGGUAAUCGAGCUAUUCUCAGGCAAAAGCCUCCUGGAAGACAGUAUUCUAGCUUGUUUUCAUUCUGGAAAAGAGAACAUAGGCACAAUACAUGGAUCGCACAAUUAAUUCGUAUGAAUAAGCUGAAAGACCAAGUCUGCUCCUCGUGGUUUGCUCCUGUUGGAUCUGCAAGUGACUAUCCACUGUUAUCCAAAUGGUUCAUUUAUGGAGAGAUUGCGUGCAAUGGUUCGUGUCCUGAUUCAUCUAGCGAAAUUUCUCCCAUAUACUCAUUGUGGGCCACAUUUAUUGGUCUUUACAUUGCCAAUUAUGUAGUGGAGAGAUCAACAGGGUGGGCUUUGACACACCCUCUGUCAGUAGACAAAGUUGAGAAGCUGAAGAAGGAGCAAAUGAAACCAAAUUUCUUAGAUAUGGUUCCUUGGUAUUCAGGAACAUCGGCUGAUUUGUUUAAAACUGUGUUUGACCUCCUCGUAUCAGUAACGGUCUUUCUUGGCCGCUUUGACAUGCGGAUGCUGCAGGCUGCAAUGACCAAAUCUUGUGAUGGAACCAAGAGGGAAGAACUUUUAUAUGACCACCUUGCUAAUAAGGACAAUUUUUGGUUUGAUUUCAUGGCGGACACUGGUGAUGGUGGGAACUCAUCAUACGCUGUAGCGAAACUUCUUGCUCAGCCUACUCUCCAAGUCUCGGUGGAUGGUGAAACUAGACCGUUGCCUCGGGGUAAUGUACUGCUUAUUGGAGGAGAUCUUGCGUACCCCAAUCCAUCAGCGUUUACAUAUGAAAAACGUCUCUUUUGUCCAUUUGAGUAUGCGCUACAGCCUCCCCAUUGGUAUAAAAAUGACUCUAUCGCCGUUGACAAGCCAGAAUUACCUGAGGGAGUGAAAGAUCUAAAGGAUUAUGAUGGUCCCCAAUGUUUUCUCAUCCCUGGAAACCAUGACUGGUUUGACGGACUCAAUACAUUCAUGAGGUAUAUAUGCCAUAAGAGUUGGUUAGGCGGCUGGUUAAUGCCCCAGAAGAAAAGCUAUUUUGCGUUGCAGCUACCUAAGGGAUGGUGGGUGUUUGGUUUGGAUCUUGCACUUCAUGGUGAUAUUGAUGUUGACCAGUUCAAAUUCUUCGCCGAAUUGGUGAAGGAGAAGGUUAAGGAGGAUGAUGCAGUGAUCAUUAUCACGCAUGAACCGAGCUGGCUUCUUGAUUGGUACUGGAGCAGCGAUACAGGGCAGAACGUGAGGCAUCUGAUAUGCGACGUUUUAAACUACAGGUGUAAACUCAGAAUGGCAGGGGAUUUGCAUCAUUAUAUGCGACAUUCAUCUACUCAAUCAGAUGCGCCCGUCCAUGUCCAACAUCUUCUUGUUAAUGGCUGUGGAGGAGCUUUUCUACAUCCCACCCAUGUGUUCAGCAAAUUUUCAAAGUACUAUGGGGCUUCCUAUGCAAGCAAGGCGGCCUACCCUUCUUUUCAUGAUUCUAGCAAGAUUGCUUUGGGGAAUAUUUUGAAGUUCCGGAAAAAGAACUGGCAAUUUGAUUUCAUAGGUGGCAUUAUAUACUUUAUCUUGGUCUUUUCAUUGUUCCCUCAGUGUAAGCUAGCCCACAUCUUACGAGGUGAUUCGUUUUCUGGACACCUGGAGAGUUUCUUAGGAACAGUGUGGAACGCUUUUGUGUAUGUGAUGGAACAAUCAUACGUGUCGUUUACGGGUGUCCUGGUGUUGCUAAUCACUGCAAUCAUAUUUGUGCCCUCAAAGAUAUCUCGGAAGAAAAGAGUGGUAAUCGGAGUUCUCCAUGUUACUGCGCACCUGAUGGCAGCUCUGAUUCUCAUGUUGAUGUUGGAACUAGGCAUAGAGAUCUGUAUUCAACAUAAUCUACUUGCAAAUUCUGGGUAUCAUACGUUGUAUCAGUGGUACAAAUCAGUGGAAAGCGAGCAUUUCCCGGACCCUACUGGCCUUAGAGCCCGUAUUGAACAAUGGACGUUUGGCCUUUAUCCAGCGUGUAUCAAGUAUCUUAUGUCAGCAUUUGAUGUUCCUGAGGUGAUGGCGGUUACCCGGACCAACAUAUGCAAAGAAGGAAUGGAAUCUCUGUCCCGAAGCGGAGCUGUCAUAUAUUAUGCUUCUGUCUUCCUUUACUUCUGGGUCUUUUCAACACCUGUGGUGUCUUUGGUGUUUGGAAGCUACUUGUAUAUCUGCAUCAACUGGCUCCACAUCCACUUUGAUGAAGCUUUCUCUUCACUCCGCAUUGCCAAUUACAAAUCUUUCACUCGUUUCCACAUCAAAGAGAAUAAAGACAUUGAAGUAUUCACUCUCGCGGUUGACAAGGUGCCAAAAGACUGGAAGCUGGACAAAGAUUGGGAUGCAGAGCCGAAACAGAGUGGGGUGAUGAGCCAUAAGAGAGAGUUUCCAAGUAAAUGGUGUGCAUCAUCAGCGCAACAAGACCCUGUUGCUACCGUGAAAGUAGUUGAUUAUUUCCUUAUUCAUAGAUCACAGAACCAAAAUGGAGAAUGUUAGAUAUUGUUCAGUUCCUUGAUUGUUUCCCUCUUAUAUGUAUAAAUUUAGAAAUGUAGUGAAUGAAUGGGAGAUUGAUGGAAUCUUUAUAUAUAAAUUAAGCUUUGUAUCCCUCCUAGAGUGUCCAGCUAGGAUGCCAUGUCACAAAUUCGAGUUCUAUAAUCGCAACACGUGUUUAUGAGGAUGAAACUUACCGUUUCAUUUAAAUGCAUAUGCAAUUGAUACGGGCUUUAGCUUUGGAAGUGGACUCUGUAGAAAGUCGUAUGGGCUCAUAAAAAAAAAAAAAUAGGUAUGACGUUCUCAACAUUGUCUUCUCCGCUUGAUCUAGGAUUCUUUGUACCCUAAAACUAAGAUUAGGUCAAACUCCAAUGGAGGUUGUACGAGAUUGUAUGUCUCAGAUAUUUGUUUGGAAUCACUGUAUUGGUCUCCUUCAUGAUGUAUCGUUCCCGAUUCAUGGCCUCUGUUACGUUAUUUAAUUAAGUGUUCAUCGCUAUUAACAUCGUUCUUUACUCAUUGGACCCACUCCACUCAUGAUUCAUCAUUCAAUACUUCUCUUCUCCUUUCCUGCCGGUUAAACUUCACCUAAAAAGUAUGUCUUCUUCCUAUAAACGUUAUCCUCACCAAUCCACAAAAUUGCGACUCCGAGUCUCCGUCGUCUUCAGAUGACCAGAAGAAGCUUCAAGCUAAGCCUUUGAAAUCAGCCAUUGAUGAUUGGGUUGGGAGGUUGUUGGCUCUGGUUUCUUCAGACAUGCCAGAUAAAUGCUGGGUGGGUCUCGAUUUGAAGGGAGUAACUUGCCAAGAGUGCAGCUCAGAUCGUUUCUUUAGUUUAUACUAUGUUUGGUUCAACAGCUUACUAUCGCAUAUUAAGAAUCCAGAAAGUUCUAGAAUUGUUCGAGUGGUUUCAUGUACUUCAAUCUCUGAUCUGCUUACAAGACUGUCUAGAUUCACGAAUACGAAGAAAGAUACAGUUUCUCACGCUUCGAAAGUAAUCUUUCCAUCAUUAAACUAUUGGAGGAAGAAUCUUCAAAGGCACUAUGGGAAAGCAUUGUCUCUGCUGAGUACAAUCCGUCAAUUUUCCAGCUUGAGUCAUGUGAACAUGAUUUUCAAAUUUAUUUGAAUAAUAGCCAUCACAGCAGAUAUCGAGAUAGGAGGAGUUGCCGGAGACAUUUUUAGGAUCUCAAAGUAGAUACUGCCAUCAGCACUAUCAGUAAGUGCUCUGAAAAUGUAAACCAGUAAGUUCCUUUCCAAGUUGAAUUCUGUUAAGGCUUCUUAGAUGGUUUUUGUUGCAAAUAACAAAGACACAUGUGUGUUUGAUCUUGAUAUGUGAUUGCAUGCAUCUGUUUUAAAUUUCCAAUCGGUGUAUGGCAAUAGAUUUCAUGCGGUACAUCUGAAUGGUCAUUGAACUUUGUUAUUAUAUGAUGAUUAAAUGUCCUUUUGUUAAUGAAAA